UGUUAGUGUUUAAAUAUUUUACAUGAGUAUCAUUUUUGGGUUUGUCAUAUCUGUCUACAAACAACAAGCGUUACGAUUCACGAAGCUGAACGUUCAAGCGCGUGAACUUAAUAAAAAUUUGGCGCGCACGAGAGUAGGAUAUUAUCCGCCAUUUUCUUCCUGGGUUUAGCAGGAACUCACUCAAACAAACUUUGAUAACAUUUUACCCGCCAUUUUCAUUUUUCUGCUGAAAAUGUCUACCACAUUUGCUCAAACCUUUUCAAGAUCAAAGGAUCCACAAAAAGUUUCACAAAACAGAGAAAUAAAUAAAGCAUAUAAGAGCCGAAAUGUUCUUCCAAUCAAGCAAAGGUUAUCAAAAUCAACUACUAUUAAUUCAAGUCAAGUAAAGAUCAAGAAAACUGUUACCAAAAGAUAUGAUACUUAUCUUACCCGUAGUUUAUGUUCUUAUGUUGAUUCAGGGCUUAUGAAUGAAGCUCUUUCUUUAUUUGAAUCUAUGCAGAAUUUAGAUACUUUUCAUUGGAAUGUGAUGAUUAAAGGUUAUACGAAUAGUGGGUUGUAUGAAGAUGCUAUUGAUUUUUAUCAUUUAAUGCAAUACCAAGGAGUGAAACCUGAUCAUUUUACUUACCCGUUUGUAAUUAAGUCUUGUGCUGGAUUAUUGUUGUUGAUUGAAGGGUUGAAGAUUCAUUCGAGGUUGAUCAAAACUGGGUUGGAUUCAGAUUUGUUUAUUUGCAAUUCUCUAAUUGUCAUGUAUGGUAAAGUUGGGUGCCUAGAGUUUGCUGAAGAAGUGUUUGUGAAAAUGACUAACAGAGAUUUGGUUUCUUGGAAUUCCAUGAUUACUGGGUAUGUUUUGGCUGGAGAUGAGUGGAAGUUGUUCUCGUGCUUUAGAGAAAUGCAAGCUUUUGGAUUGAAACCAGAUAGGUUUGGGAUCAUUGGUGCUCUAGCAGGUUGUUCUCUCGCAAAUUAUGAGCGACUAGGGAAGGAAACUCACUGCUAUGUGAUUAAAGGUGGACAUGAAUCAAAUCUCAUGGUUCAAACUUCGCUGAUUGACAUGUACUGCAAGUGUGGGAAUCUGGAUUAUGCCGUAGAUUUGUUUGAUAAGGUUUCUUGUUUGAAUACUGUAGUUCACAAUGCGAUAAUAGGUGGAUAUGCUCGAAAUGGUUGUCCUCUUGAUGCUUUUGGCUGCUUGGUGGAGAUGCAACAGAGUGGAAAUGCAAACCCUGAUGCGAUCACCAUGGUGAACUUGCUCCCAGCUUGUGCACAGUUAAGAGAUAUCUUCCUUGGAAAGUCUAUCCAUGGAUUUGUCAUUAGAAAUGGGUUUUUUCCUCAUUUGGUUUUGGAAACUGCUUUAGUUGAUAUGUAUGGAAAAUGUGGAGAACCAAAGCUAGCUGAGAGGGUAUUUUAUUCGAUGAACAAGAGAUGCUUAAUAUCGUGUAAUGCCAUGUUAGCUGCAUACGUGCAGAAUGAGUGGAAAAGAAAAGCUAUUAACCUAUUUCUUGAUAUACAUGAAGAAGGGUCUAUCAAAUUAGAUGCCCUGACGUUUUCGAGUGUCCUACCAGCCCACUUAGAAUUGGCUUCAUUGAGGGAGGGGAUUCAAAUUCACUCAUGCAUAACUAAACUAGGUUUUAAUGUGAAUACUUUUGUAUCUAAUUCACUUGUCGACAUGUAUGCAAAGCAUGGUAAUCUUCAAGAAGCUCGUAAGAUUUUUGAUAGACUACCAUCUAAAGAUGUUGUUUCAUGGAACACAAUAAUUAUGGCUUAUGGAAUCCAUGGUUGUGGAAAAAUUGCCAUCCAUUUGUUCUCGGAGAUGCAAGAGAAAGGCAUCAAACUGAAUUCAAGUACGUUUGUCUCUGUUCUAUCUUCUUGCAGCAUCUCUGGUUUGAUCGAUCAAGGAUGGGAACAUUUUAGCUCAAUGAAAACUGAUUAUGGUAUUGAUCCUGGAAUUGAACACUAUGGAUGCAUGGUUGAUCUUCUCGGUCGCAGUGGAAAUCUUGACCUUGCCAGAAAUUUCGUAAACGGAAUGCCGUUGGUUCCGACAGCAAGGAUAUGGGGAUCUCUGUUGACCGCUAGUCGAAAUAAUGGUGAUAUUGUGCUGGCAGAGGAGGUUGCUGAACAAAUUUUCUCCUUGGAACAUGAUAACACUGGUUCUUACAUUCUGCUCUCUAACAUGUAUGCUGAAGCUGGGAGAUGGGAGGACGUGGAAAGAAUUAGAUGUUUAAUGAACAUAAAAGGAUUAGAGCAGACAAUUGGAAUCAGUAUGAUCGAGCUUAAUACCAAGACUUGCAGUUUUACCAAUGGUGAUCGAUCCCAUUCUGAAUCCUACAUGAUUUACAAUGUGCUGGAAAUCAUAUUGGGCCAGAUAGGGGAAACCAUGAACUCCCCUAGUUUCCCGAGGUUUAGACCAAGGGAAUUGAUAAGGAAAAGAUCAGAGUUACCACUUACUCACAGUGUAAGAUUAGCACUUUGUUUCGGUUUGAUAUCUACAACAGUUGGAUCUCCCAUCCUCAUUAGGAAGAAUGUAAGAAUAUGCGAAGCUUGUCACAAUGCAAUUAAAAAGAUAUCCAAGGUUACUGAAAGAGAGAUUAUAGUCGGGGAUACAAAGAUUUAUCAUCAUUUCAGGCAUGGUUUUUGUUCCUGCGGAGACUACUGGUGAAGUCGGUAUUCCAACGGGGCUUAAAUCGUAAUUGAAUCAGAAGUUGGAAAAUUUGUUGCUUUUUCCUACAGUAUUGAUAAAGUAAGCAAUUUGGACGGGAACAAUUGUACACGGAACAGCGAAACUCCAAGAUCAGAACAUCUUACUGAACAUCCUUGUCAGGUUGCCCAUCAAGUCAACCUUACAGUUCAGGUGUGUAUCGAAAGCUUGGUGCAAGUUAUUGAAAGACCCUGAUUUUGUUAACAAACACCUUAACCGUGUAACUGAAAUGAACAUAUUUAGUGUAAGG